AUGAAAACUUGCUCUAUUGAAGGUUGUAAAACAACCAUUAAAGAAGAAGGUAUUAAAAUGCAUGGUAUACCCAAAGGGAAUAUUGAUGAACAAUGGGUCCACCAAAUAAAACAAUUUCAGCCAGAUUUUCAGCCAACAAAAUACAGUGUGAUUUGUAGUAAACAUUUUGUUGAAUCAGCUUAUUUUGAAGGUGGAAUAUAUGGUAAAAAUGUUUUGGACAAAUCUGCACUACCUAUUAUCAAUAAAAAUCUUUUUCUAAGUGAAAACAAUGACGUCGUUGAGGUAUUUCCUGACAAUUUGAGCAAAACAUGCCUCAGUGAUGAUGAGUGUCAGUUGGAUAAACAGGAUACUCAAUGUAUGAUACCAAAACAAAUGGUUUUCAAAGACUCAGACGAAUCAAUAAAUUCUUCCAUUAUAGAUACACCAAUGCCAAUAAAAUCCAG